AGAGAGAGAGAGAGAGAGAGAGAGAGAGAGAGAGAGAGAGAGAGGGAAAUGGCAUCUGAGAAGGAGGUUAUGGUGCUACCAUGUUUUAAUUUUUGCAAGGGAGGGGAGACACUAGAAGAAGGGAGUGAAGAGUGGAAAGAGAUGAGCAUGAAAGUGAGAGAAGCAUGUGAGAGUUAUGGCUGCUUCAUCAUGAAGUAUGAUGAGAUGAGUACUAAGGGUGCACGUGAAGUCAUAUUUCAAAGUAUGAAACCAUUGUUUGAUUUACCUGAAGAAACAAAGCGGCAGCACAUCAGUCCAAAGCCUUUCAAUACUUACAACCGCAAGAACUUCGAGAAUCUUAACUAUGAAAGUUUUGGGAUCGAUGCUGCUAAGAUUGAGAACUUCACCAACCUCAUGUGGCCUCAAGGAAAUCCACCUUUACGUGAGGCAUUGGAGUGUAUGAGCUUAAAGAUGUCAGAAAUAAGCUUGUUCGUCUUGAAAAUGAUUAUGGAGGGUUAUGGUGUUUCUCAGAACUACAUUUCAGAUGUUGAAAGCAUCAAGAGUUCUAAUAAUAUACGUUUCAACAAGUACAAAGCUUCUGCAAACCACAAUGACUAUGAUCAGGUUACGAGGUUCCCUCACACCGACAAAAACAGCUUGACCUUUUUGUGCGACAAUGGAGUCCAAGGUUUGCAGCUGUUAUCCAAAACAGGCAAAUGGACUGAAAUAACGAUACCCCAACAUGGCUUUGUGGUUUUGGUUGGUGAUGUACUGAAGGCAUGGAGCAAUGAUAGGCUUCAUGCAGCGACGCAUAGAGUGGAGGUGAGUGGAGAGAGAGAGAGAUACUCGUUUGGAGUUUUUGCAGAACCAAAGGAGGAGGGGAUUGUUGAGCCUCGUGAAUUGGUAGAUGACACACUUCAUCCUCUUCGUUAUCGUCCGUUCAAUUAUGGAAAGUUUUUCAGUUACUAUGCUUCAAAUCUCAAAGACGAUGCACUUCAAGUGUUUGCUGGUCUUUGAAAGCUAUUGUAUGUUUGAAUGGAAGCAUGAGUGGUCGAUAACAGAGAAUAAUUACACCACCUUUCAAUAAGAUCACUCUUUUUCAAUAAGAUCUAUUCCAGUUGCAGCACUAAGUUUAAGAGUGAGUCACAGAAAUUGCUUUACCACUCAAAUCUGUACAUUCACUUCGAAUCUUGCUUCUUUAACAUCAAUUUAUG